AUUAGACUGUCCGAGUAAUUCUUUGACGCAAAACGAUGACAACAAUUCUGCAAGCAGUUCGCCCUUUGCGUGCUGCUCGUUUUCUGCAGUCGGUGCGUUGGAACUCAAAUGAAGUCCCACUCAUCGAUCCUUCGCGUAUGAUUCAAAGGCCUGACUUCCAACCAUCCACUCGCAAGUCGAAAGGUGCUGCCCUCAGACCCCAUCUUGGCGUCGAGGUAGACCCGAACCAUGGCCUUUGGGCUUUUUUCAGAAAGAAGGAAGUCGACGGGGAGAUGGUAUAUGUGAGUCUUGAAGGAAGAGACACGUUCCAAGAUGAUCCCGCGAGGUCAUGGAAAGCAGCAGAACUUCGGCGAAAGAGCUUCAAGGACUUGCAUACGCUUUGGUAUGUUCUCUUGCGAGAACGAAACCUCCUUGCGGCCCAGAGAGAGGAGGCGAGACGAAUUGGUGUCAGCAAUCCUGAGAGUCUUGCUGGCAUUAAAAAGGAUGUUCAAUGUCGGAAAUCAAUGGCACGUAUAAAAUACGUGAUUAACGAGCGGAGACUACUUUACGAGAAGUAUAUUGCUGAAUUGGAAGCUAAACGCCAGCUCUUGGCAUCCGAGCCGAAGCCCACGACAACUGGCGUUCAACCAUCUCAAGAUAAAGAAAAUGUCCCUCGUACGCGCGCUGAGAGGCUGAAGGCACGACGGACCAAGAGGUCGAGUACACCCAUUACUGUGUGACGCGACGAGGGAGUCGCGUCCCAAACUCUUGUACCAUACUCGUAGUUA